UGCUACCACUCUCAUCAGUCUUUCAACAUGACUCCACUUCUCCUUCUUCUCCUCCUCUGCUCCGCUUCGGCCUCCCUCUCCCACGCCGCCACAGCCUACCCUUCCAUUCCUGGCACCACCCCCGUCGGCGUCUCCUCCGGCGCCCCUCUCAUCCCCCCUCGCCGUGAAGUCUACGGUGACGGCCGAAUCUUCGACAUCAGCCACCGCUUCAGCCCCGACAUGCCGGCGUUUGAAUCCGCCGACGGUGUCGGCCAGUUCCUGUGGCUCCCCAAAAGCAUGAAGAACGGGUCCAUUGCUAACAACUCAGAGAUGAAGCUCCCCACCCACACUGGGACCCACGUCGACGCCCCCGGCCACGUCUUCGAUCACUACUUCGACGCCGGCUUCGAUGUUGAUACCCUCGAUUUGGAUGUCCUCAAUGGUGUUGCUCUGUUAGUUGAUGUUCCGAGGGAUAAGAACAUUACUGCGGAAGUCAUGGAGGGCUUACAUAUUCCCAAGGGGGUACGUCGUGUACUUUUCAGGACUUUGAACACAGAUAGACGGCUUAUGUUCCAAAAGGAGUUUGACAGCAGCUAUGUGGGAUUUAUGAAGGAUGGAGCUAGGUGGUUGGUGGAGAACACUGACAUCAAACUUAUUGGAAUUGAUUACUUAUCAGUUGCCGCAUAUGAUGAUUUGAUUCCAUCCCACCUUGUUUUGCUAGAAGGCAGGGAGAUCAUUCUUGUAGAAGGUCUAAAACUUGAUGACAUCCAACCAGGAAUAUAUUAUGUCCAUUGCUUACCUUUGAGACUGCCAGGUGCAGAAGGGUCACCUAUCAGAUGCAUUCUUAUCAAAUGAUGCGUUUCAUUUAUAUGCUUGUAACAACGGAUAGCUCCAGGAAUGUUUCAUUGAAUAAGAUGCUAAAGACCUAGUUUGAAGAAUUACCAAUGAAGAUACAUGAGAAUAUUCCUGAAUGUAAUAACCAAGUAUUUAUAUCCUUAGUUUCAUAGCAGAGUAGUACGUGUAUCUAUUGUUUAUUCUUAUAUGUCAUCAGUAGUGCACUUACUGUUAGAGAGUUUGGAGGUUUCAAACUAAUUCACAGGUUCUAUAUGUUGAAGUUGGUUGUUCACUGAAGUGAUUUCCGAGGUUAUCAAAUUUAUAUAUGGAGGUGUUAGUAGCGUAAGCUCAUAGCCUGCCCCUUUGUAGA